UAUGCGAACAAUGUUCUACGUCAUUGUGCAUUAUAUUACAAGAACCUUCCCGAGCUCACGAGAGACGACAAGAAGAACUGUCACCGUGUACAGCACACACGCGCACUACGUACGAUGUGUGUAUAUUAAAAUUACCGGCGCCGCACGUACACCGGCCAGAAUCUAAAUACAUUGAGCUGUAUAGUGCAGUGCACAUUGCAUGGGAACUGAUGCCGCUCUGUUUAUUAUGUCUGCCGAUAUCGUCGUUCACUGCACUGUGAAAGUUCGUAUUAUACCCGGAUUACUAUUGCUUUGCAGGCUACGUGAUGUGUACACUGGGAUAUGAUUAGCUUUGAUUUUGGAAUACAUACGCAACAAAAUGUCGACAGGAUCUCCAAAGAAAUCCAGCAAAACGCUCGCAGAGAAGGGACAGCAUUUGGACCCAAUCAACGUGUCGGAAACAGUGAGUAGUAAUGCCGGUAGCUGCCCCAGUGAAUGCAGGCAAACGUAUUGCAGUACAUUUACAUGUAGUACUAGUAGUGAAGGCCUCGAGGAACAAGAUUUAAAAAGUGCAGUUACAGAACAAUCACCUACUUCAAAUCACAGAGGGAAUUCUCAAGCAGACGGAAAUGAAGGGGCUGCGUGUUCUGAUACAGUAGACUCGAAAUACGUUGAUGAGGAUGUAGACGCAGUAUUAACAAAUCAUACUGAUACUGUUCCCCAUGGCCAUGGCAACUUCAAACUCGGCGCCGAUAGCGUUGAUCUUGAUGAUGCCGCUUUCAGUGCUUUCAAUGUGACUGUUACCCCAGAUGGAUUUUUAUCACCAGCGUCACCGACGUCGCCCACCAGUCCUGAUCCCGACGGAGUACGGUCACCGCUGAAAUCCUCAAUGCGUGACCCUAAACGACCUCGAACGCCCCCAGGUACGCCUUCCCGGAAGUCGGUUCACUUUGCGGACGCGCUAGGGUUGGACUUGGAGACUGUCAAGACCAUACUGCGAACAGAGUCACCACCUGACCUGCAUGUCCAUGUGGACGAGGAGAAACAAACAAUAUGUGCCAAGGUUCUGUCGUUGUGCUUCCAACAACCCGGUGGGAAGCCAGAUUUCAUGACUCGCCUCAAUUCCUUGAAUGUUUGCCUUGAAAACGUGGUUGUCCACGAAUUCACCCUCAUCGGUACCAUCAAGGUGAAAAACUUAGGCUUCAACAAAGAAGUGCGAAUUCGCCAAUCGUCAGACAAUUGGAGUUCUUACAUUGACACUAUGGCCAUGUACGUCCAGGGUUCUUUUGAUGGGCCUACGGAUCGGUUCUCUUUUGGACUUUCUGGACCUAGGAGUAUGGCCCCAGGAGCAAUACUCAGUUUCGCUAUCUAUUACAAGGUAGCGGGACAAAUAUUUUGGGAUAGCAAUGGCGGACAGAACUACUCUCUUGUGUGUGAGGAAGUCAAGAAACUAUGAUAUUUGCGGGUGAUACUAUCACUGAUAGAAGGCUUCAUCCUUAUGCCAAUCAAGCCAUGGUAAUGGCAUUGGUCGAGCAGGUACAGGUCAUUUAGAUGGACUUGGGUGAAACGGUCAGAGCUCAUAUUAUUAGGGAGUCGUACUCGUACAAAGACCCCAAUUCCGAAAAUGAAUAAACUGCUUUUCAACGUACAUGUAGGUUUUGAUUUUGUUUAUAAAGUGAAAUAAUGCUCAAGUAUUGCAUUCAGAGUGAGUUCUUCCUCUACAUAUCAGUAAACGAGAACUGUAACUAUGCCAGCUAGCUGGUCUUUUGCAUGACGAUUGCUCUAAAUCUUAGUCUACAAAGCAUAACUCUACAGAUCAUAGUUUAGAUUAUUAAGAAAUUCAAAUUAAGUGGCUUGACUUGUGUAGAACAUCUGAAUUUACACUUAAUUGUCGUAUGUAUUCAGAAUAGAUAAAACGUGGGGUCUAUUUUGGCGUUUGCUGGUGAAAGUGGCUAACUAACAUAAUGUGUACAUCAUGUAUUAUAUUAACUUCAUAUCUGCUAUGCAAAACUAAACAUCUUUGCUCAUGAUUGUGGCAAUUGAGCAUUAAGCUAUCUGUACUGUUUUUUGCUAUGCGAACUUCGUGAUUUAGCUCCUUUCUAAAGUUUUCUCUUUCUUGUCAAACUUGCAUACAAUACACGUUUACUAGAGUUAUAAGAAAUGUUAUGAAAUACUGAGGGUGCUAUUUAAUAUUUUGCUGUGAUGAAUAUUGGAAAAUGGAAUUGUAAAUGAUAGCCUGCAAUAUUAUCAUACUACAUGUCAGAUCUUUUUUUCAUAGCUGCAUACCAUUUAUAUACAGCAGUUAGUGUAAAGGUGUUUAUCGAUGAUCAGUGUUGUAUUCGGUGUGUUUUACAUAUACAUGUACUCAACAUUAUCUUACUUAUCUAGGGGCAAGAGUGCGAAGUCAAAAUAUCGGCCGAUUUUCUAUAUCUACUCAAUUGAAUAAUCCUAGAUAACAAAUCAUUGAUAAGUACUAAGUACUAGUAUUUGAAGUCGCUCUAUUAGCAUCUCAAAACACAUGGCAGCAGGAAUUUUCCUCGUAAUGUCAUGUGUGUAGCAUGUUAAGAAGUAGCAAAGGACAGCUGAAACUAUCAGCUUGAAAAAAAAAAUUAAAAAAAAGAAAAAUUAUAACAAAAACACGUUGUGGCUUAGGGCGAUUUGUUCCCUAAACUCUUUCAAAGAAUUCUGUGAUGAAUAAGACCUACCAUUAUGUGGAGGAGAACCAAUGAGUUUUGAUGCAAACAUUUGUAAAGAACUUGAUAUGAUAGCCCUCUGAGGUAGUUUUACAAUUGUGACAAUGACGCCAUGUUCGUGUAUAGAAUGAGCUAUGCAUAUUUGAGUAGUAUAUGCCUUGCAUCUUCUUAGAAAUAUUUAUUCCGUCUUUCUGAAAUAAUUCAUAGUUGCAAGUCAGGAUGAGGAUACGUGUAUGUUGGGUAUUAUUAUAUACCGGUAAAAAAAAAAUCCAAAGAUGUUUAGAGAACGUUUUGUAAUUUUGUUUACUUUUGCCCAUCCCCCAAAAGACACAUUUAUGCCUGUCAUGUAUUCCAUAAUUAGUUUGGUUUGAAGACAAGUUACUGUCUUGUUAAAUCGCUAAAACAAAAUAUUAGAUAUUGUUGAGAAAGCUGCAGCUUUAGUGUGAUUUUAAAGCCCGAUAUUUUCGCUGGCCAUAGCUAUUUCAUUAUUAUAUUUUCGCUGGCCAUAGCUAUUUCAUUAUUAUAUUUUCAUUUCUAUAAAAACGUACCCUUGUUUCGAUGUAUACGUUGCACCCUAAUUAGAUGUAUUAACAUUAGGCCUACAUGCACAUGCUUUCAUUUUCCCAGUGCAAGAUAUUGUUAGUUGAUCAUUCAGUAUAUUGUUAAACCAUGUAUCAGUUGAAAUAGAGAUUAAAGUGAUUUAUAUAUAUAUUUUGUUCUAUACAUUUCAAAUUUAUUUAUAACUUUGAGUAGCAUUAUUUUGCGUUCUAAUAUUUUUAAAGAUGACUAGAUACUCACUUAAUAUUAUUGUUUGUAGAAGUUAUUGCUGCUGUGUUCUAGUCAAUAUAUCCAGUGCACUGAGAGAAUUUAUUAUUCCAAUUUCACAUUUCAAUCACCUUUGCCCGCUUCAUAGUACUAACAGAUUUUAUUUAUUGUAAUAUUUUAUAGAGAUUUAUGAGGUAAUUGACUUGAAGAUUGGCAAAUAUGUAUUGAAGUUGUUUCUAUUCACUCAAAGUUAGUUUUGAUAUGAAUCAUACAUGCUCAAAUCCAUAUAAAAACAUAUAUAUUUAUGACACUGAGAUUUUGGAGUUAUAAAAAACGCAAAAUAGUGUCUAAACUCGGCAGAAUAUUUGUAGAUAUAAUUAUAGUGAAAGUGCUAUUUUUCUACAUACAAUGAUGAAGUAGAUUCUAAUAAAACGAUUGGUUGAGAGGGGACAUGUGACCAGGCAUCUAAUUUGUAUCGCACGUAAUCGGUCAUUGGCACUUUCUAAUGACCUCAUAGUUUUUCGCGUGCACUGUACAGUAUGACACAACAUUUGAAAUAAUGUAAUUUAUAACCAAUGUUGAUGAUAACAUAGGAAAGCAACCUACUCAAAUAUAGAAGUUGUAGAAACUAUGAAUAUUUUAUUAUAUUAUUUCAAUUUGAAGAGUUUGAAUUGAUAUGAAAAGGAAUGUAUUUCGAAUAAAGAAAACAAAACGAUAAGAAUCAA